AAAUAUUCUCGGAAACUUCCGCGCUGAAACAACUCUACCAUAGGUAGUAAUAGGCCGAUUGUGUGGAGGAACGGAAGCCGAGACAACUUAGCGCGGGCCGACUUUAGCAGACUGCUUGGUUGGACGAGUAAGCAGCAAUAUGGGGUUUUGUGAUGGGAUCGUGAACGGCACAGCAAGGUCUAGUCUGUGCGCCAGAGAAGCAAGAAAGAGAGGGCGAACACCGACGAAGACGGUGAGGCGAAUAGGCAGACACAAUGCACAAUGGACCCAGAAAUCCUAGAAGUGUAUAAAGUUGACGAGAUGCCCGGGACGAUGGGAAUAGCACUUCACGAUCACCAUCAUCCCCAUCAGCCCUGAUCCUCAUACAUAUCUGCACACAUUCCACAAUGUACGGCAAAGUCUUCACCACCCUCGCCGCUCUCGCGAGCGUAGUGGCCGCCACUACGCUAACCACCAGCAACGGCCGUCCGCUCACCGCAGGCCACGGUAUCCUCAUCGGCGCCGCUUUUGACGUCUCCGCCGAGGCCGGCUACUUCCCCAAGGCCCCCGGCUUCGACGUCACAUGCCCGGCCUACUACGUCUAUGACAACGAGCCCGCUACCGGCACCGAGUGCUCCUGGGACGGCGAGCAGCCCAAGAACAACAAGGUCUACGCCUACACCAACUACGACACGCUAGCCGUCACCCUGCGCCACGAAUGGGCGGGCGAAGGCGGCGUCACCUAUGUCACCACGGCCGUCGGCAAGCUGGCCUCGCGGCCGAAGUACAACCAGGACAUCCCGCCGUUCUCGCUCACCGUUAGCAAGACGGCCACGAAACUAUGAGCGCGCCCACCGCUCGACGCCCCUGACUUCAAGGUCUCGUGCUUCUACGACUACAACCCGGACCCGACCGUCUCGCUUUGGCGUACUUCAUUACCACUGUCCACCACGAGUGGACCUCGUGAACACGCUGUAAGGUAGUGAGUGUUCUCGUGCGCUGUGCUCGUAUGCGUGAUGGGUUAUGUUAGUUGAGUAGUCUAUGAAAAUGGUAAAUUACUACAGACCGCUUUUUCUUCUGGAUGAGUGAAGCAUUGUCAAAUUGCUGAAGAGUUCGAAGAGGUGAAUGUAGAUAGUCUCUGUGAAGCAGCUUCGGUUCUCGUUGAAGCUUUUCUGUGUGGUGUGUUUAUAGAUGUAUUACUCGCUUGAUUCUUUCACAUAAAACCCUGAGGCGAGGAAGACGAAAGUCUUAUACACUUUAGUAUAGUAUUACCAGGAGUAAGGUGGGUGAGUCAGGGGCUUAUAUAAUUCCGUGCCGCGUGGGAUUAAGAUUGAACAACGUCAAGCAUCACGAUAUGAUUAAAUAUCGCUAAAAUAACGGUUUCCUCAAGAGAGGAGGCAUCGAAUGAAGCCAAUUAUUUGUGGAAUAACUGUUCAUGGUACCUGGAACAUAGCGAGCCUCGAACUGUUGUGAAUAUGCUUAGUCGCGUUAAAAGAUACAUAAAGUUUUAUAGAUUUCAAUCAUACAGGCUUUUUAUUAA